AUGGCGCCGGUCGCUGUACCCACUCUUGAAGAAUUGAGUAUAUCGGAAAAGGAAAAGAAGCCCGAGGUCGUAGAGGACGAAGAGGACGGCGACGAUGAUGACGAUGCCGAAGGAGAUGAAGCACCAGGUUCAGGAGAUGCUAAAAAGAAGAAGAAGAAGAAGAAGUCAAAGAAGAAGAAGUCUGCAACUGUUGUACAAUCUGAACCUCCCCGAGUAGGAUUAAGUAAGAUUUUCAAAAAUGGUGUUUAUCCUGCAGGUCAAGAAGUAGAAUAUAAGAAUGAUACAACAUCAAGAAUAUCAUCAGCUGAAAUGAGAGAGAAAGAAAGAUUGGCGCAAGAAGACCCAUCCAUUCGAUACCAAAAUAUACGUAGAGCAGGUGAAGUCCAUCGUCAAGUUCGUGCAUAUGCUCAAAAGAAUAUCAAACCAGGAAUGAAGAUGAUUGAUAUUGCCGAUAUGAUCGAAAAUGGUACUAGAGCUUUAGUGGAAGAAGAUGGUUUCGAAAGUGGUAUUGGUUUCCCAACUGGUUUAAGUGUGAAUGAAGUCGCUGCUCACUACACGCCGAACCCCGGAGACAACAAGGUGCUGCAAAACGGAGAUGUUGUGAAGGUCGAUUUUGGUGUACACGUCAAAGGUCGUAUAGUGGAUUCAGCAUUUACACUCAACUUCGGCGACCCAGCUUGGGAUAAAUUACUUGAAGCUGUGAAAGAUGCUACCAACACCGGUAUCAGUGAAGCAGGAAUUGAUGUCCGAUUAUGCGAUGUUGGAGAAUCCAUUCAAGAAGUAAUGGAGUCAUACGAGGUUGAAGUUAAUGGUAAAACAUAUCCUGUCAAAUCAAUCUCAAAUUUGAAUGGACAUUCUAUCGCACCUUAUAGUAUACAUGGUGGAGUAGGUGAAAGACCUGGAAAAUCAGUUCCAAUUGUCAAACAACAUGGAUCGGAUUUAGAUACCCAAAAAAUGGAAGAAGGAGAAUAUUUCGCCAUUGAAACUUUCGGUUCAACUGGUAGAGGAAGAGUCAUGGAAGAAGGUGCUUGUUCACAUUAUGCUUUGUCUCAACAUGCUCCGGAAAGAUAUUCAGGACAUCAUCAAUCUGCGAAAUCACUCUUGGCUUCCAUCCGAAGAAAUUUCGGUUCAUUGCCUUUCUGUAGAAGAUAUCUGGAACAUGUAGGAGAGAAGAAUUACCUCCUGGCUCUCAAUACGCUAGUGAAGGAGAAUAUCGUGAUGGAUUAUCCACCUCUUGUCGAUCCUGUACAAGGGGCAAUGACCGCUCAAUUUGAACACACCAUCCUGCUCAGACCAACUUGUAAAGAAGUUGUUUCACGAGGAGACGAUUAUUAG